CAAAAAUAUUAAAAAAAGGGAAAAAAAAAGCAUGAAUGAGCUUAAAAGUUCUUUCAUGCUCGUUAAAAGUUGAGAAAAUGCAGGCAUUAGUGGAAGUACAUUUGGUAAAACCACUCGUACAAGAUUUUAGUGUUACAUUUUUUAAAAGAAAGCAGUACAGAGUUGCUCUAAAUAAAAAAAGGAAAAGAAAAACUGCAGAAAAAAAGCCUAUUUUAUUUUUAAUUUUGCAGGGACGCUGCACUCCAAUGUCGCAAUCUGAAGAAGAGAAGGAGGAGGAGGAAAAUGCCGAUGAAGAGGAAAAGGAAAAAGACGAUGCUGAAGAUGAGGAAGGAGAUGAUGAGAAAGAUGAUGAUGAAAUUGAAAUUUUUGAAGCUAUUAGAGAGACUUCAGUGCCUUUACUCAGAACAAUAGCUGAUGACAAAGCUAUUGGGCGACUGGAUCCUUGGAUUGUAAGUCUGAGCUCUAAGUUGCUAGUAGAGAAAGCAAUUAUCAUCUUGCGAUCAAAUCUGUGGCCUGGUGCUUAUACAUUUUAUGAUGGAAAGAUUUUCGAUCACAUUUAUAUUGGAUAUGGCUUUAAAUAUUCUGCAUUCCAUUACGCACCUCCAAUUUACGUACCAUGGCAGAAAGAGUACAAAGUAGGCACCGAAGUUAUUGAGCAUGUAGAUGAACCAUUUGCUUCGCAGACAGAAGAGACAAAUGUUCAAAAAAAUUCUGAUGAAGAAACUGAGGAUAACAAAGAAGAAGAAGAAUAACUUGAUAGAGAGAUAAUUUGAAAUGAAAACUAAUUUACUGGACUUAUCUGCGUUCAAAA